AUGGAUGAUCCCAUUCCUAUCCCAUUCCCUUUAAUGAUAAAGAAAGCAAAGAAAGCUCCGGAAUUCGAUUUGAACAUGCUCCAAGUGUUCAAGAAGGUUGAGGUAACCAUCACACUUCUUGAUGCUAUACAAAAAAUUUCGAAGUAUGCAAAAUUUUUGAAGGACUUGUGUACACAUAAAGAUAGGAUUGGUGAACUAGAAAUGUUGUCUUUGGGCAAUUCUAUUUCUGCAUUGAUGAAGCCUAUUCCUGAAAAGUUUGAUGACCCCGGGCCUUGUCUGGUUUCUUGUUGUAUUGGUGGAGUUGUUUUUCCUGAUUGUAUGUGCGAUCUAGGAGCUUGUGUGAGUAUCAUGCCGCUCUCAAUUUUUGCAAGGUUGAACUUGGCUCCAUUGAAAAGGUCGGCCGCUCGAUUUGCCUUAGCCGACAAGAGUAUAAUUACUGUGAUGGGUAUAGCCGAAGAUGUACUCGUAGCAAUCAAGGAUUUGGUGUUUUCGUUAGAUGCCUACACCGGCACAUAUUCUUUUGAGGUUGGGGAUAAGAUGAUUAAGUUUAACUUAGAGAAAGCCAUGAAACACCCACCUGAAGAGCAUUCCGUUCUCCGAUGUGAUAUAAUUGAUGAGGUGGUAGCAGAAGUGCAAAGCGAAGAUCAUGACGAGCUAUGCUACGCUACUGUUGAGGAGAAGGAUAAUCAUGAGGGUGAACAAAGGGAAAUGGUUGAAGAUGAAUCCCAUGAGCUUAGUGAAAAAGAACCUCAAUCGGAAGCAAAAAGUGAACUGAAACCUCUUCCGUCUCAUUUGAAGUAUGCGUUCCUUGGGAACAAUCAAGAGUUUCCGAUCAUUAUUACUAGUGAGCUCUCUAGUCAUGAAGAAGAGAAGCUCCUAGAAGUCCUGAGGAAACACAAGAGAGCAAUCGGUUAG